GAAAAGAAACACUGUAAGGACAAAGCGCUAAGGAUUACGCAGCACUAGGCUUCAAAUUGGAACGAAAUUGAACCUUCUGUAAAUACUUCUAACAAAUGGUUUCAGUGACUGCAAGCUGUAUGCAAGUGGAAUCGCACGAGGCUUGGAAGAGGGCAACGAAUAAAAUUUCUAAAAGAAAAUAUAGAUCAAAUUAUCAAAGAAAAGGGCUAUAUACUCUGCCGCAGAUCAAUAUUGACUCUUUCGAUCAUGUACACAAGGAAUGUCUCUUAGACUUGGCAUUGUUCCCCGCAGAUAAGAAAAUAUCUGCUGAUGCACUUUUGGACAUUUGGGUUUAUGUUGAAAAGCUACAAAGGAGUGAGGCUUUUGCCAUCUUAUCAGAACUUGCGGAUAGAAAUCUGUUAAAUUUAACUGGCAAUCCAAGAGGAAGUACAAUAGUCCCAUGUGGAAAUGCUUCAGAGCUAUACAUCUCCCAGCGUGAUGUAAUACGUGAUUUGGUCUUCGAUUUGGGACACGAAGACAAUAUACUCCACCGCAAGAGGUUGUCCAUAGAAAGGAAAAAUGGUAGUUUGCUGGGGAAACAUGAGUUGCUCAGAGGUAGAGCAUUUGAUACUCGAAUUCUCUGCAUUCUCACCGGCCGUAUGGAGGAAAAUGACUGGUACGAUAUGAAUUUCCCCGAAACAGAAGCUCUGUUGUUACUCUUCACUUCCACAGAAUACUUUCUUCCCCCAUUUCUGAAAUCCAUGAAAAAGCUGAAGUUUCUGAUGAUAUCCAAUUGCGGCACAAACAAAGCAACAGUGAAAGGUCUAGAUAUCUUAUCGUCACUCACUCAGCUCAAGAGUGUCCGCUUGGAGAGGUUGAUUUCACCGCUUGGUGGAAAACAGGGCAUUGAAGCACUGCAGUAUUUGGAAAAGCUAUCUCUGAGCUUAUGUGAAGGAUUUGAAAAUAUACCCGCAUUUACCAGUUUACAAGAUUUAAAUCUGGACCACAACAAUGAUUUGGAGGAGUUGCCCCUUGGUAUCUGCAAUAUACCCUCCAUUGUGUCCUUGUCUAUUACCAACUGUCAUCAGCUUCAAAAUUUACCAUAUGAUUUUGGGAAAAUGAGCAAUCUAAGAAUGUUAAAGUUAUCAGAAUUACCAUGCUUGGAACAGCUUCCUGCUUCAAUUGGAAAGCUUGAACAGUUGGAGUAUUUAGACAUUUCACUAUGUGAGAUCUUGACAGAACUUCCAAAGGAAAUAGGACAACUCAAGAAAUUGAGGGAGCUUGAUAUGAGAGAGUGUUCCAAUUUGACGACGUUACCUUCAACUGUUUGUGAGCUACAUUCCCUGAAGCUUGUUACCUGUGAUGAGACGAUUGGGAAGCAGUGGUUGCGAGUUAAGAACACUUCUAUUCCUGAGCUUAGAGUUGAAAUUGUGGAAGCGUACUUUAGUUUGGAUUGGCUUGAUGUCUGACUUCUUUUCUUAUCUCUCAUCUUGAAGGACAAGAUGCAAGGAUAUUGACAUACUUUGUAAAUAAUUUGUAAUAACUUUUCAUGUUCACUGGGACAAACCAAUAUAAAGUCCUCUAUAUUUUCAGUGAAUGAUUAUGAUCAUUCUUUUGUGGCAGUUCAAUGCAGUAAACAUUUUUUUGUCGAUUGUACAUACAUAACGAAGGUA